AGUUUAGUUCCAAUAUGGGAACACCAUCAAAGUUGGGGCAAUGGCCACUUCUUGUUUAUGCUUUUGCCUUUUGCUUGAUAGUCAUUAGUGUAGCAGCUGAUUAUAAACCUAACAUUGAUGAUUCAUCAUCUUUGUCAUACCGUUAUAGGCCACGAUCCCCUCCACCACCUCCUCCACUACGUCGUUACUAUUAUAAAUCACCCCCGCCUCCUCCUCCACGACGUCGUUACAAUUAUAAAUCGCCUCCGCAACCUCCUCCGCGACGUCAUCACUAUUAUAAAUCACCUCCGCCACCUCCUCCGCGACGUCAUCACCAUUAUAAUUCACCUCCACCACCGCCUCCGCGACGUCAUCACUAUUAUAAAUCACCUCCACCUCCACCUCCACCUCCAUCACCAUCACCAUCACCACCUCCUCCAUAUUAUUACAAAUCUCCACCACCGCCUUCUCCACCUCCCCCACCAAAUUAUUACCAUCAUCCACCAUCACCACCACCACCACCACCACCUCCAACAUAUCAUUACGAAUCUCCACCACCACCUUCUCCGUCUCCACCGCCACCUUAUUACAAUAAUCCUCCACCACCGCCUACUCCAUCUCCACCGCCACCUUAUUACCAUAAUCCACCACCACCACCACCAAUCCAUUCUCCUCCUCCACCAUCACUUCCAUCUCCAUCUCCAUCUCCAUUGCCAUCACCCCCAUUGACUACACCUGUCGAUGAACCAUCUCCAUCUCCAUCUCAGUUGCCAUCACCACCAUUGAUUGCACCUAUCAAUGUGCCAUCUCCACCUCCAUCUCCAUUUCCAUCACCACCAUUGAUUGAACCUACCGAUGGACCAUCUCCAUCUCCAUUGCCAUCACCACCAUUGAUUGCACCUACAGAUGGACCAUCUCCAUCUCUAUUGCCAUCACCACCAUUGAUUGCACCUACCGAUGGACCAUCUCCAUCUCCGUUGCCAUCACCACCAUUGAUUACACCUACUGAUGGACCAUCUCCAUUGCCAUCACCACCAUUGAUUGAACCUACUGAUGGACCAUCCCCGUUGCCAUCACCAUCAUUGAUUGCACCUACCGAUGGACCAUCUCCAUCUCCGUUGCCAUCACCACCAUUGAUUGCACCUACCGAUGGACCAUCUCCUUCUCCAUCUUUAUCUCCACCUAUAUCUCCGUCUCCACCUCAACCACCUCUAAUAAACUCCCCCCCUCCUCCAUCGCAAUCUCCACCUCCACCACCUUCUCCAUUUCCACCACCUCCAGUUAAUUCCCCACCCCCUCCACCACCUCCUCCAUCGCCAUCUCCACCUCCACCUUCUCCAUCUCCACCACCUCCUCCAUCACCAUCUCCACCUCCCCCACCUUCUCCAUCCCCACCACCACCUCCACAUCCUCUUUGCAAUAAUAAAUCUCCUCCCCCACCAUCUUUAUUCCCUUUUCCAAAACCAUUUCCCUGGAUGCGAACUCCACCUCCGCCACCUAAUUGUACUCCUCCACCACCUUUAAUAAACUCCCCCCCUCCUCCAUCGCCAUCUCCACCUCCACCUUCUCCAUCUCCACCACCUCCUCCAUCGCCAUCUCCACCUCCACCU